AUGCCACGGGGCCUUCGACGAUCACGUCGUGUGGUAUCCGGUUCGAAGAAGACCUCGAAUUAUCAUGUGAACGAUAUUGUGGAGAUUGUGAGAGGGAACGCUACCGUCAAGGCUAGAUUGGCACAGCUUUUAUCGGAUCCUUCCUCUGACGACCCUCUUUGGUUGGUUCGAUUUGAUGGACUCUCCCUCAAAGACGAAGAAAUUCACGAGCAUGUCUUUGCCAAGCCACCCCCUUCGCUCCACUCGGACAAUUCACUGAGCGAUCGAGAUUCGUAUGGACGACGUCGCAGUGGCUAUGGCAGUGACAGCAAUCAUCAUCGAAAUCAUUAUGAUGACGUAGAAGACUACAGUCGCAAUCGAGCCAAACGGGCGUUGGCCAAAGAUCGAGAAGCACGCAGCAAACGACGUCAAGCCAAAAUUGAUGAAACAGCUCGACAAUCACCGCCUCCACCCAACAACAAACGUCGCAUCCCGCCUCCACCUCGCUACAAGGGGAAAAGGUCUCGUUACCACGGGAAAACCAACCACUCAAGUAAUGGAAACAAUUCUAAUGGUAGCUCUACGACGGGUGACGAUGAGGAAGAAGUUGUCACCGUCAAACUUUUGACGGGAACUCUCUACUUGCACAAAGGCCUCAACCGAAGAGCAGAGUUUCAUCGGAGAGUCUAA